AGCGAAGCUGUAGCGGGGAUGCGCCGAGUCCGGUGGAGCCCACCAGAGCCCAGCAGACCCCCCGGCGCGUCCCGCUGCUUUGCAGGCAGGACGUACGCCGGCCGGUCCGGCUAAGUCGAUGUGAAAGAUAGUACAGCCGCGAAACCGAGUGAAAAUAUAUAUAAAAAUAAAAGGCAAAAGCCGACUGGAAUUAGCUAGCUAGCGAGCUUGUCAGCCAGCCGGCGCAGAGCUCGACGCUGAACUCCAGUUUUAUUUUUAUUAAUCAGUUUGGAGAGAUUCUUGGUGAGAAUUUUAGAGAUAAUGUCAUGUCUGCCGGCGUUAAUAAGGUGCCUGAAUAUUGCAGCGAGAUCCGGGGGCUCCGUGAAUGCAGCGUGUGGCCUUGAGCUGCUCGGGCACGAUCCCGCAGGAUUGGGUGUCUGUCACAUUAUCGACCGGUCCACCUCUUCCUGGGACCUUCUGGAUCAAGCUUCGCUCUUGCACAGGAACAAAUCUUAAAGGGACAGAUUCAGGACCAAAAAUAAAUAUCCAAUUGAGCGUCAGCUCAUUACACUGAAAUUUGGUGUACUCUUGGAUUGAGACCAAGCCGGAGGAAAAGAGUUCUACUUAUAGCCAGAGAGAUUUGGGUUUGGGGCAGUGGGUGAGUUUUUAUACCGACAGACUCAGCAGGACACCGUGACAUCCAGUGUAUCUAACGAUCCGGAUUCUCCAGCGACUGAAAAGGAGUUCGACAAAGAGCUGCCGUAUCACAUUCAUCCGCUACAACUAGCCUGCUGCGUCUGCUGCUAAUGGCAGGUGCCUCAGCAGCAAACCGGGUGAAAAGGGAACUCUGUGUGCACUGGAUUGUACCCAGCGCUGCAGGUUGGACUUGCCCAGCCGAGUCGGGAGAGGGAACCCCACUCUCCACAGUUACAAAAGGCUCCCCAACUGGACUGUUUUGUUCAGAGAGCCUUUCCUGGCUCGCAGGUCUGGAUGAUCUCGCAUGAGUUCUGUGUCUUGGAAGACAAGUGGUGACAUUAGGUUGGCCGCAGCUGAAGGACGGCUUGUCUUUCCUUCGGAACAUCUUGCCUUGUAAUUUUUAUUUUUUAAUUCUCUCGCAAAAGUACCCAGUUUGGAGGACAGAUGCUCAUUACGGAAAGUUACUUUGAUUAAGAACACUCGCGGGCUUAAGGAUCUACCAUCACGCCUGAGCCAAGACUUUGUUUGGUGCUGGAGGGAGGGGUUUAAAAAAAUUGAUUCCUGCUGUUUACCCCUCCUUGGUGAAGCAGACAGGAAGUGCACGUCUGACUGGGGCGGCAGGACAGAAUGAAGCUGAAGAAGCAGGUGACCGUUUGCGGUGGGGCCAUUUUCUGCGUGGCCGUCUUCUCCCUGUAUCUGAUGCUGGAUCGCGUCCAGCAUGACCCAGCAAGGCGCCAGAACGCUGGCAACUUCCCCAAGAGCCAGAUCUCCGUGUUGCAGAACCGCAUCGAGCAGCUCGAGCAGCUCCUGGAGGAGAACCAUCAGAUCAUCAGCCACAUCAAGGACUCGGUGCUGGAGCUGACGGACACGGGAGCUGUGGCGCCCAGCGGCCAGCUGCCCUUCCGCAGUGCCAAUGGCUCCUGGGUUCUGCCGUUUGACGGACGGCCUGCCUUCCUCUCAGUCAUGCCGCAGGACUGUCAGUUUGCCCAGAGCAAGCGUAAAGACCCCGAAUUGCAGAUGCUGGAUGUGUACUCGCUGCUGAAGUUUGACAACAUGGACGGUGGGGUGUGGAAACAGGGCUUCGAGAUCACCUACGAGCCCAACGAGUGGGACUCUGAAGACCUGCAGGUGUUUGUGGUGCCGCACUCUCACAAUGAUCCAGGCUGGGUCAAAACGUUCGACAAGUACUACACUGACCAGACUCAGCACAUCUUGAACAACAUGCUGACCAAGCUGACUGAGGAUCCCCGGCGCAAGUUCAUCUGGUCCGAGAUCUCCUUCUUCGUCAAGUGGUGGGAGAGUGUGGACGCGCAGAAGCAGGAGGCCAUGCGCAGGCUCAUCCUCGGAGGCCAGCUGGAGAUGGUGACUGGAGGCUGGGUGAUGACUGAUGAGGCAAAUGUUCACUACUUUGCCAUGAUCGACCAGCUCAUCGAGGGCCAUCAGUGGCUGGAGAGACACAUAGGAUUGAACCCACGCUCCGGCUGGGCCGUUGACCCUUUCGGCCACAGUGCCACCAUGCCCUACCUGCUGAAGAGGGCUAACCUGACCAGCAUGCUCAUCCAGAGGGUCCACUACUCCAUCAAGAAGCACAUGGCUGCUACCCGCAAUCUGGAAUUCAUGUGGAGACAAGCGUGGGACCUGGGUUCCAGCACAGACAUCUUCUGCCACAUGAUGCCUUUCUACAGCUACGACGUCCCUCACACCUGUGGCCCCGAUCCCAAGAUUUGCUGCCAGUUUGACUUCAAGAGGCUGCCGGGCGGCAGGGUGAACUGCCCCUGGAAGGUGCCCCCUCGGGCUGUGGUUGAGGCCAACGUGGCAGAGAGGGCAAGCCUUCUUCUGGAUCAGUACCGGAAGAAAUCCAAGCUCUUCCGCAGCAAGGUGGUUCUGGUUCCCCUGGGAGACGACUUCCGCUAUGACAAAGCUCUGGAGUGGGAUCAGCAAUACCUCAACUACCAGAGACUCUUUGACUACAUGAACUCCCAUCCAGAGAUGCACGUGCACGCUCAGUUUGGGACGCUGACUGAGUACUUCAACGCUGUCUACAAAGCAAAAGGAGUGACACCGGGGACUAGACCCCCCGACUACCCGGUGCUGAGUGGAGACUUCUUCGCUUACGCCGACCGGGAGGAUCACUACUGGAGUGGAUACUACACCUCACGGCCCUUCUACAAGAACUUCGACCGUGUCCUGGAGUCCCACCUCAGGGGAGCUGAGAUCCUUUACAGCCUGGCCGUGGCUCAUGCCCGCCACCUGGGCAUGGAGGGCCGGUACCCCGUCUCGGACUACGCCCACCUGACCGACGCCCGCCGGAACAUUGGCCUUUUCCAGCACCAUGAUGCCAUAACGGGCACCGCCAAGGAGAUCGUUGUCAUUGACUACGGGGCCAGGCUUUUGCGGUCCCUCAUCGGUUUGAAGAAGGUGAUCAUAAACGCGGCUCACUUCCUCACGCUGAAGAAUAAAGACCUGUACCGUUUCUACCAGACGGAGCCUUUCUUGGAGACGGACGAGCGGCGAGCGACACAGGACUCCCUCCCCCAGCGCACGCUGAUUGAGAUGGACCCAUCGCCAAGGUACCUGGUGGUGUUUAAUCCGGUGGAACAGGAGCGGCUAUGCCUGGUGACCAUCCUUGUGAACUCGCCUCGGGUGCGGGUCCUCACGGAGGAUGGGCAGAGCCUCGCAGCCCAACUCAGUGCUCAGUGGAGCUCCCCCACGGAGAUGAGCUCCGACGGGUACCAGCUCUCCUUCACGGCUCGACUCCCUGCCCUUGGCCUCUCCGUGUUCCACCUGUACGACUCUGCCGACUCGCCCCUGACACUGCGCUCUGACUCCCUCCUGCGGCUGAGCGGGCGGACGCAGGCCGGCCGGGCCGUGGACCCCCUACAGCUGCGCACGCAGGCUGCAGACGACCACAGAUUCUACAUCCGCAGCCGAAGCCUCACGCUGGGCUUCUCCGGAGCCACGGGCCUCCUGGAGACAAUCCGGCGAACGGGCGACCCUCAGGAAGUGAAGGUCCACAUGGAGUUCUUCAUCUAUGGCACCCGGCCAUCCAAGGACAAGAGCGGGGCUUAUCUCUUCCUGCCGGACGGAAAACCUAAACAUUAUACCCAGCGGCAGCCCCCAGUCGUCCGUGUGGUGGAGGGCCCCCUCUUCUCUGAAGUGGUUUCUCACCACCAGCACUUCCAGAUAACUGUCCGUAUUCACAACAUCCCAGGGGUGGACGGCCUCUCUCUGGACAUUACCACUAUGGUGGACAUCAGAGAUCAGGCCAACAAGGAGCUGUCUAUGCGCCUGGUCACUGACAUCCAGAGUGAGGACACCUUCUUCACCGAUCUCAAUGGCUUCCAGAUUCAGCCACGUCGCUUCUAUAAGAAGCUCCCCCUGCAGGCCAAUUUCUACCCCAUGCCCACCAUGGCUUACAUCCAGGACAGCCAGUACCGCCUCACCCUGCACACGGCCCAGGCGCUGGGGGUGACCAGCCUGGACAGCGGCCAGCUGGAGGUGAUCCUAGAUCGACGCCUCAUGCAGGACGACAACCGCGGGCUGGGACAGGGGCUGAAGGACAACAAGAGGACCGCCAACCGGUUCCGGAUCCUGCUGGAGAGGCGAGCCGGCGCUAACAAGGCACUGGGCAGUGACACAGUCAGCUUUCCCUCACUGCUGAGUUACAUGACUUCAGCCAUCCUGAACCACGAGGUCCUGGCACUGCCGGUGCUGCCCAAAAAGCGGGGCAUUCCCCCGCUGCGCACCUUCUCGCCGCUGGGGGGCACCCUGCCAUGUGAUGUCCACUUGCUGAAUCUGCGCAGCAUCCAGGGCCAGCAGGACAACAGCCCAUCCCCCCACACGGCCCUCAUUCUGCACCGCCGCGGUCUGGAAUGCUCCACCGAGGCCCAGAACCUGGGCUUCAACUGUAGCACCACGCAGGGCAGGCUGGCUGUCUCCAGCUUAUUCCAGGGCCUGGACCUCCACCUGCUCCAGCCGAUGUCCCUAUCCUUCAUGUAUUCCGGCAUGCCGCUCGCCAACACCUCCACCCUCAGGCUCGACCCCAUGGAGAUCUCCACCUUCCGGCUGAAGCUGCGUUAACCCGCAGGCCCGUCCGCAGACGGACCAGUGCCAAAAUGCACCCGCCCGCCCAACCUCUCACGCCGACCAGCCAGAUGACGACUCACCUUUCUGUGAAUGUGUAUAUAAACUGUUACGGAUGGGGACCGUCCCCUGGGUGAAAACUACUGCGACCCUGAGUAAGGGCAGCACCCGAUGGAAAGUCUGGUCUGGAGGAUCCUGAUAGGCCACGGGAAGAGACCGACAGUUCUCCAGAGCACAACUGGCACUACAACCCAUCUGACAGACCAGGAGCUGCUGGUUCUGUGAGGGACAUACUCUUCUGCUGCUCUUGGUGGUGUCUUUUUAAAUUUAAUAUCAGUCCUUUAGUCCGAAACCUCGGUGAGUGCAAUGUGGCAGCCGUCAUGAUGUGAAGGACACAGACUGAGGCGCGAGUGUGAACGGACGCUGUAAUAUUGCUCUGCUCUUCUGCUUUAGGAAACCUGGUCUAAAUAUGAAGUAAAUCCUGACUUAUGUCACCAUGUAGAAGUACAUCCAAAAGCUGCUGCGCCCCGUUUUCUUUCCCCCCGCACCGUGGGGUCGUGCUUAAGGUCAUGUUCGAUUCUCACUAUACUAGGUGUGGUUUUUCGCUGCACUGAGACCAGUGCAGCACAGGGUGGUUUGGUAGUUAAGUCACAGACGCAGUGCGGCUCUGCCCAUUGAAGCCUCGCCCCGGCAGGUCUGUCUCAGGCGUGACCCGAGGCUGUGAGGACUGCUGGGUCUGCAGUCAGAUGUCAGUCUGCACCCCGCCACUGCGGCGGCUGGGCCUUGUGUAUUAUUAUACCGUAUGCAGUAAAACAUGAUACCUCAUUGAAAGGUAGGACGCCGGGCAUGUUUAUGGUGAGCCUACUGUAGGUGGGGCGGGACAGACUUUGCGUGGGAGGGCGGAGGUGAGCUUGGCCCGUCAGCAGGCCCACACUGUAGGUGUCGGCUAUGCCCUGCCAAAGGGGCUGACAGGAAGUCCCCCGCCCCCGUGCUUAUCCAGCAGUCACAGUGUAUGCCCUGUCUGUCAUCCCCCACCCCCUCCCCAACCUUAUGGCUCACUUUGUUUAAAAAAAAAAAAAAAAAAACCUUCCCUUGUUGCUCCAGGUUUUGUUUAAGUAGAAGGAUCCCCCCCCCUACAUGUUCUUAUUUAUUGCUGGUGGUGUUUAUUAAAAAAAGGCAUAUAUGUAAGACAAAGCCAGCUUGCAGGAGCUGAAUUUGAAUAAAGUCACUAUAAGGCA